AUGAGUAGCCGAGCCGUCAGUGUGUUGUCGAAAUGUCGUAUAUCUCAACAACAAAUUCGUGGAAAAGCCCAUUUCACAUUCCAGCCAUCACAGACACUUCCAGCUGCUCUUCAGUCCAUGGAAAAGACGAAAAUGAAUCUGAUGCAGUCGGUGAACGAGGCGAUGCGCAUCGCGAUGGAAACUGACGAUUCGGCGGUGCUGUUCGGUGAAGACGUCGCGUUCGGAGGUGUCUUCAGAUGCAGUUUGGAUCUUCAGAAGAAAUUCGGCAAGGAUCGUGUGUUCAACACCCCACUCUGCGAGCAAGGAAUCGCUGGUUUCGGUAUCGGAGUGGCUGCCGCUGGAGCAACGGCGAUCGCCGAGAUUCAGUUUGGAGACUACAUUUUCCCCGCUUAUGAUCAGGUAAAAAAUGUCUUGGUAGCAGCGAAAAUUGACCCGAAAGGAGCAUUUUUCGAGCUUAAACUAUUCAAAAAUCAUUAG